AAAACCAAUCGACCAAACAUCCUCUCUCUCUCUCUCUCUCUCUCUCUCUCUCUCUCUCUCUCUCGUUUUGAAAUGCAAGUGUGGAAAUGGUGAAGAUUAUGCCGAGUACCGAGCACGAAGAUAAAAGCUUCAGCGUGUUGGAUCCGCUGAUGUGUCGCAAGAGUCUUCGGAACCUCUCUUACCGCAAGCUCCCACGGCAGCUCCUCAUCAAGCUCUCCGUUCUCAAGCUGGACGGCUCUUCCUUUGAUGUUAAUGUUGCGAGAAAUGCCUCGAUUGCGGAGCUUAAACAAGCGGUGGAGGAAGUUUUUAGUUUUUCUCCCAAGAACGGCGAAGGCAAUAUUUCAUGGUCACAUGUAUGGGGACACUUUUGUCUGUGUUAUGAAGGGAAGAAGCUAAUCAAUGACAAGGUUCAUAUUCGAAGGUUUGGGAUCAACGAUGGUGAUCAGGUGAAAUUCAUUCGGAAUAUGUCCAUUAACUACAGACCACUGAAACAACAAUCAAAAAUCAUCAGCGGUGCUUCCAAGGAGUGCUCAAUGAAGUUCUCGAGAGAAAAUGCUCAUGUAGACGGCGAUCAUGCCAGUACGAAUGACAACCGCCAUAUUGAUGAAGAUGAGAACAACUUCAAGCCCUGUCAUUACGAAGAUGAGGAGGAAGUUCCAAUGCCAAAAUUCAAGUUCGCUCACUCCUUGAACGGUCGGCUUUCGUACUCCAAACUGAGAACUUCUGCAAGAAAGGGGUUUGUAGGCCAGAGUCGUUCUUCGAGAUUUUCCCCGCAUUAUAAGGGUGAUGAAGCCGGAUGAUCAGCCAUAACACCGGUAGAAAAUAGCACCUGACGCACCAACAGAAAGAGUUUUGAUUACUCGAUCGGAACUUGUUGAGGAAGAGGUUCUGAUUGAGUCCUAUUCACUUUUUGACGUAAUAUAAUUUGUCCAGGGGAAUCCAUAGAUGAUCAGACUGCUAAUAAUCAUGUAGUUCAGCAUCGCAGGUUUCACUAGACGUUUGCAAAUUGUAUCAACCUUUUUUCCUUUCAUAGCAAUGUGAUCUCCAUUACUUUGAUGUGUUC